AUGUCUUACGACAAACGCAGUAUUCCAACUCUUAUUUCACUCGACCCAUCCGUCCCCGCGACUCAGCAGCAAGGGUUACACAACCGUUGGCACCCUGAUAUUCCCUCCGCCGGUACCGUUUCCCCUGGGCAAACAUUCAAGCUACACUGCUUGGACUGGACCGGGGGGCAAAUUCAUAACAACGACACUGCUGAUGACAUUGUCGCUGCCGAUCUCGCUCAAUGUCAUUAUCUAACUGGCCCUGUGGAAUGCGAAGGCGCUCAACCUGGCGAUGUGCUAGUCGUUGAUGUGAUGGACGUGGCACCUUUCCCUGACCAUGCAUGGGGAUAUUGCGGAAUAUUCGACGUUAAUAAUGGAGGAGGAUUGUUAUGCGAUGACUUCCCAGUGGCUGCCAAAGCAAUCUGGGAUCUUGACGGGGUAUAUGCGACUAGUAGACAUAUCCCCGGAGUUCGAUUCGCUGGCAUUUCUCACCCUGGUAUCAUGGGCUGCGCACCAUCUAAAGAACUACUUGACAAAUGGAAUCAACGUGAGGCACAGCUGAUUGCUGAAUAUCCCGGAGCGGUACCGGCGGUUGCUUAUCCGCCGACUCGGAAGUCUGCAUACGUUGGUGCCGCGUCCGUGCUUUCCGAUGAUAUAAUCGAAACCAUCGCGCGCGAAGGAGCACGCACGAUCCCUCCUCGUGAACAUGGGGGGAAUUGUGAUAUCAAGAACCUGAGCAAAGGCAGUAGGGUUUAUUUCCCGGUUUAUGUUAAUGGAGCUAAAUUUUCCAUUGGUGACCUGCAUUUCAGUCAGGGGGAUGGGGAACUGACCUUCUGCGGUGCAAUUGAAAUGGCAGGGGUUGUUACCCUUAAGUUUACCAUAAUCAAAGACGGUAUGAAGAAAUUGAGCAUGAGUUCACCUAUAUACCUACCUUCUGUCGUGGACCCCAAGUAUGCAACCCAAGUGACCUUUCAGGGAGUUUCGGUCGACAACGAUGGGAAGCAAUAUAGCAUGGACGCCACGGUUGCAUACAAGCAAGCCGCUCGAGCCGCCAUCGAAUACAUACAUGGCCUGGGAUAUACGAAGGAGCAGGCCUACUUGUUAAUGUCAUGUGCUCCCAUCGAGGCGCAUGUCGCAUCCAUCGUAGACCAUCCGAAUGCGUCAAUCACUAUUGGAAUUCCGACAGAAAUAUUUGACCGAGAUAUUCGUCCGGAUGCCGUGGUGGCCGCAUUCGAGUCAGGAACUCUGAAGAGGGACUAUGGGGCUGGCCAUGCAACUACCACAAAGCGCGCAAGGAAGCCUGAUCUAUAUCUCUAUCGUUAUUCUGGUAUGUCUGGGGUUGGAAUAGAGCUUGCAUCGGCGGCCCGCCAGGAGGAGCUGGCUGAGUCACUGGGUGAGGUUCGCCAGAAAGUGGAAUCAGCGUGUACAAACCGAGCGGUCGAAGCCCGGGAAACCCUACCCUGCCUUGUCGCAGUCUCGAAGUACAAACCCGCAUCUGAUAUCCGAGCUUGUUACGAUUUGGGCCAACUUGAUUUUGGGGAAAACUAUGUAGAUGAGUUAUUGCAAAAGGCAGCAGAGCUUCCCGAAUCUAUUCGAUGGCAUUUUAUUGGCAGUUUACAGAGCAAUAAAUGCAAGAAAAUUGCUGGUGUGUCAAAUCUAUACUGCUUGCAUACAUUGGACUCCAUCAAAAAGGCGGAUGCACUGCAAAAAGCAUUACCAUCAACACGUAAGGAGCCUCUCAAAGUUAUGAUUCAAGUAAACACUUCGGGGGAAGACUCAAAGUCUGGCUUGCAACCACUACUGCCCAACAACCUCGAUGGGUCUGAGGUAUUAACAUUGGCGCGCCACGUUAUCAAGUCUUGCCCGGCCUUGGAGCUGUAUGGUCUGAUGACCAUCGGUUCCUACGAGGCUUCUACUUCAGGGGGGGAUAAUCCGGACUUUCAAACAUUAAUUCGAACCAAAUGUAUCCUCGAGGCUUCAUUACAAGGAGACGACGAUCUCGGAGAGGCUUGGGGUCAAGAUAGAAGCCUUGCGUUAAGUAUGGGCAUGAGUGCAGACUUUGAGGAAGCUAUUAGAGCAGGCAGUGACGUAGUCCGAGUUGGCACUGGGAUAUUCGGGAGCCGACCUCCAAAGAACUGA